AGGACAAUUACUCAACCAAUCUCAACUACAAUACGUACCCUAUGUUGAUCAAGACCCACUGAAGCUGCAAGCCAAAGCGGCUGCGAUCUAUUGUUCCCCAACGCAAAUGAAUGGUCAGUGCAGUCCCUUCUCCGGCCCUCCUUGUGCGAGGACUCUCAGCAAAUCACAACUCCUCAGAUGCAACGGCCUACCUUCUGGGCUCAGCAGAUCUCGAUGCCCGCAUAGUGCAGUUCCAGCAGACUCUGCAGCCUCUGAACAAUGUCCAUCCGUCCAGACAGGAUUUGAUCAGCAGGCUUCUCCACGUUCAUAUUCUGAUCAACUGCGCGACGAUUCAGCUUCAAAAACCGCUCGAUGUACGAGCGAACGGAAUGCCUAUGGAUAGCCGGACUUUCAUGGCGGCGCACGCUGCUGCGAACGUGCUGAACCAGGUCAAUAUUGGGGCGCUCACGUUCGUCGACUCAUCCAUCGGGUUUUUGCUGGUCUCUGUGGCCGACGUCCUUGCCAGUGCUCUGAGACUCUUCGGGCUAGACCCUGCCACUUCGAUGUCUCACAACCCGCGCGAACAACGCAUUGUAGUCGCGCUCUCGCAGAUUCGCUAUGCGUUGACGACCUGGGGCGAGCGGAAUGCAUAUAUUAGUGGGUUCCACCAUCUAUGCGCCCCCACUUUAGACUCUAAUCCGCCUUCGUAUAGAAGCACAAUUGCACCUCUUGCUAAGGAUUCUGGCAAUCACAUAGUAUGAUCUUCGAACUUCUUUCGCUCGUCUAGGUUCGACACAAACCCCUCACACGUGGAGGGUCUUGCGGCGAGACUUUUCGCUCGUCCACAUACGGACUUCUUUGUAGAUUUGUAGAGAUAGAGAAGAAUCUUCAUAUAUCAAAGUUAUCAUGUUACCGUCUCCUCACGGCCACGAGACCUUUACACCGUCGGCAAAUAUCUCCGCGAGAUAUAUGGCAGUUUCCGCCAGGAUGACCAACCGUCCACGUCCCGCGAACGCUAUGUUUGCAGACUCAGUACCGAUGAAGAACUUGCCUAGCAACGUUCCCGACCGGUCCCAGACCUAAGGACCACAAUGAGGCGUGAGAC